UCAUAAAAGUGCUGUGGCGGGAAGCAAGAAAAAACCGCGAAACGCCAUAGUGACGUACUGUUUAUAUUAAUAUUUUUGUAUUGUUUUAUAAAAAAAUAUUUAUAUUUCAUCGUUAAUUCUUAUUAAUUAUUCAUCAGAAAGAACUCGAUAAAUAUGGCUGAAAAACUAGAAGAUUUGAAUCUUCCUAAUGCUGUAGUCACAAGAAUUGUGAAAGAAGCUCUACCAGACGGUGUUACAGUUGCUAAAGAAGCCAGAUCUUCAGUAGCAAAAGCAGCUUCGAUAUUUAUUCUGUAUUUGACAUCGUCUGCCAAUAUGAUUGCAAAGAAAAACAAUCGCAAAACAGUCAGUGGCCCAGACGUUAUACAAGCAAUGGAGGAUAUUGAAUUUGAUCAAUUCAUCGAGCCACUACAAGAAGCCUUAGAGAACUUUAAAAAGAACCAGAAAGAAAAAAAAGAUGCUACCACUAAGAAAAAGCAACAAAAAAAAGAUGAAGAUGAUUCAGAGAUGCAAGAGGAUGAGUGAAACAAGUAUUGCUACUGAUGCACGUCUGUACAAAUGUAUUCAAUAAGUAAUUUUAUUUUUCUAUCUAAUAAAUCAUAAUACCUUUAAUAUUAUAAACAGUGUAAUUUUAUUCGAGUAAUACAUAU